AUGGAAGAUGAAACACAUCACAAAAGCACCCAACAACUCACUUCCUCGUUUCUCCACUCUUUCAGGGGAGCCGCCAGGGAUCUAGGUGUCAACAAUCCAAUCUUCUCCCUCUCCGUGUCCGUCGAUAUCCAACCAGCCGCCACUGCAGUGAUCCUGGACCUCGAAACGGAAUCGGCGGCCACCUCCCUUCUCUCUUCUGAUCCAAAUCUCUUCAAACUAUCUAAAUUGCUCACCGACCUCAAAACCCUUCACCGGGAUCUCGAGAAAUUGAGUGGGUACAGCUUGAAAUCCAUCCUCCGACGCCGAAUCACCGCUUGUAGAAUAUACCAGCUCGGGUCCAAGAUCGAGGCGGAGAUUCAGGUGUAUUUCGAUCGGGAGCAGAUUCAGAAGCUUGCGAGGACGCUCCAAUUGACGGAGGAGGACGAGGAGAAAUUUAGGUUACUUGAGGAGUUUGUGGAGCAGUUAGGUACGAGAUUCGAUAGCGAGUUCCAGGAAUCAAUUCUGAAAGCGAAACUCUUCUCAAUCCUCGAAUCGCAACUGUGCGAAUCGGAUCGGUGGCCGACGACCAGAGUCAAGGAACGCGUGGCGCGAGACAUCGUCGGGUUGGUCCGGUUCAACAAGGACGUGCUCGUCGACCUGGUUCUAAUGGGCCCGACGGUUCACCGGAAAUCCUCUCCUUCCUCUGUUGUUGGUUUCGCGAUGAAUCGGAGGAGAAGUCGCCGGAGGAGAGACUAUACUUACUGGACGGAGAAAAAGAUCUAA